ACCAGCCGCUCAUCUGCAUGUACUGGGAUCUCUGGCAAUCAUUUGAUUUUAAACUGCCAACGGAGACGGAACAAGUGGUUCAUAAAUCUAACAGUGAUUCACAAUUUGUGUCAAGUAGGAUACCCUGGGUACUCCCUGGCUAUUCCCCUUUGGUGAUUUACUCAAAAAAAGAAAAAGUGAGUGACAAGGAUUUCUGUGCUAAUUGAUUAAGCGGCAAAACAUGCCCCAAUGCCAGUGAAUUAUUUUCGCAUUGAGUGUCAGGAGAUGCAAAGUGUUUGACAACUUUGCCGGAAGAUCAUCUCGAGACAUCAUAAUUUUCGGGGAAAAUCUCCACCUGGGCGGAAGGAAAAUCCUUCAUGCAUCGUCUGUGGGAAAUUUUGUUGGAUUGAGGAAAAGUGAGGAAUCUCUUGUGUUUGAAGAACAUAGUUACGUGGAAGAAAGGAUGCAUUUGGAAUAGGUUCUUGCUGUCCCACAAGGCGUCUACAUUGUUGUAUUUUGGCACUGAAGAAAGGAAGGAUUUUCGAGGACGAAGAAAACAAGUAAAAGAUGUCCGAGGAGAUUUCGUCGCAAACUUUGCCUCCGAAAACCCGCAUGAAUCCUCAGGAUUUUCGCAAUCAGGACCUCGUGAGUCGAUUGCUGGCAGCAACUCCUCCCUAUCUCUAUUCAGCCCCUAUGGCUCCUCACAAUUUCUUCUUCAGCGAAAUGCUGCGUUCCCUGGUUCAGGCAAAGAACAAUGAAGCCAACAAUCGUCUGCAGCAGGCUACAGCUGCUAGUCACAUGCCACCAACCCACCAUCCUCAUCACGUGGGCAGGAGACCACGGAAACGCUCCUGGAGUCACCACAGAAUCCCUUUUGAGCAUCAACUCGUGACUCCUCCGAAAGAUUUCGAAGAGAAAGCAGAUAAACCCCUAGAACUGACUACAGGAAAAUCCUCAAAACGUGAGGAUUCUCCCAUCUCUGAAAAGGUGCCACGAUUCGAAGACACAGAAUCAAGGAACGGAGCCGAGAAAGUUCAGUCGCCCAUUGAGGCAUCCAGUCCACCACCUGUGGAUCAACCCCCAGCGACCCUGACUUCUCCGACAGAUCUAGUGCUCCCUCCACCUCCCCCCGUCUGGUAUCCCUCACUCUAUCCGCCCUACGGAAUUGAUCCUCUGCACUUCUUCAUUGACCUCCGUGUCUCUGGACACAUUCGCAGCAAAGAAAAUUCCUCACCAUCCUCUUCGGGCUUCCGACCUGACAACAACAAUUCCCAAUUCUUCGAUCUCGAAUCCAAGAAUCGCCAUGGAUCGGCUUUCAGUAUUCCCACGCCCAGGGAGGGUGCCAUCAAGUCUCCCGGAGCCGUCAAUCUUUCAACAACGGCCCAGGAAACCGAUGAGAAGGACAAUCUGUCCAAGAACACCAAUUAUGUGAUGCAGAACCUUCCUCGGAUCUACACACACUUGAAUGCUCACCACAAGUUCGUGGAUGACCAGGAAAAUCAGCGUCAAGAUUCAGGGGGCGAAGGGGAUGUUAGUGGCUCAGAGAGUGACUUCAAGCGUCCCCUCGAUGAAGAUGUCAUUGCAGUAGAUGACAAUGAUAACUGAAUCUACUGGACAACUAAUAUCAAUUAGACUUCUCAAGAAUAUCGGUGUAUUUAUGCAAUUCUCUGUCGAAUUUCAAAAAUAAAAAUGCUUCUAUCUCGCUAAGAUUUUUUAAAGUUGUUUUAAUAAAAUACGAGGAAAAUAUCAUCUAGUGAACAGCAAUUGAUAU